UAACCAGUUUUAGUUCAUCUGGUGAGCUUCGUGGAAGAAACUGCGGUCAGUCAAAGAAAGGUCUUGUUUUUGCUGUCGACUGCCUCUCCCAGCGAUACUAAACGAAACAUGGACGAAUUCAAGGUGACUCUAGUGGUAUACAGUGGCCUUCCUGAUCCUGUUUGGAUGGUUCACUCUCGCAAUGAGAAGUGUAAGGAAAUAAUGGAGCUUCUCUACAACGCAAGAGCCCAAGGUAACACCUACCGACACAAGAAUAUCCCUGCCAUUCUCGGGUUCAAAGGUUUCCUGGUGCAUCAGCCAGGAGCCGAGCGUGCAGAAUUGAUUCUUGGCAAGGAGACGGCAAAACUUCAAAAGCUGUUGCUUGACACUAUGCCAAAAAAGCUGAUAAAUGAUGACUUACGCAAGAAGAUUAUGCAGGCCAUCGAUUCAGGAGCUGUCUCGCCCAACGUGCCUGAUGCGACCCAACAUGCCUCAGAUCAAGAUACUCCGCAAGUUCCCAGCAAAGGAGACAAAGUCGGUGUCGGCUCAAAAGAACACUACGCACCUAAAUACAACCCGGGCAGGUGGAACGACAUCGAUGUAAUCCGUACCCAUAACAACUGCUACAACUACGCGAACCAAAAGAUCACCAACAGUUUUGCACAGCCUGGUUUUGUCGAAGGAUAUGAACCCAAGAUGACUCCAGAAGAUUUGAUUAAGGCCGCAGAGUUAGAUGGCUUGGUAAACAUGGAAGUGGACCCAAGUGAACCUUGCCCUGAAGCACCACCACAACCAAACUGCUUAAUUGCAUUGAUGUGUGCUGAAGGUCUUGAUUUUCAUUUUUAUCGCUUGGAUGCCUGUGGAAAUUGGUCCCAGAAGCCUGGACAAACUUCUGUCACAAACAAAGAUGGAGACGGUCAGCCGAUCAAAGAUCCAAGGAAAGUCAAGACUCUGCCGUUAAGUCCCCCUUACAAGUUUGUUACUUUUAUGAAGAUCUUCACAAACAUAAUUGAUGGUCCACUUCACCCCUGAGAGCGGAGCUUGAGCUGAGUAAAUUUUUCAGGGAACCUUGGCCACAUAUUAAAGCUUUCAUGCUAAAGUUAUAUUCUCGCUUUUCAUUCAGUUCUAACGUAAACUGGAGUUUUGAUUUGUUUUUCCCUGAUACAUUUAUUACAUGGACUUUUUCGUGAUUUACGACAUAGAUGCCAUGUUAUCAUUGAUUUUUACAGUUUCGGUGGAGUUUUUAUGGAGUGAAUGAGAUGUCGAUUCGAUCUACUUAUGUGUUAGUUUAUAGAUUUUAUCACCUUUUUAAGCUUUAUAAAGUCAAGAGAAACUUCGAAUGACUCACUAAAGGUUUAUCAAUUAGUUUAAGGAUGUUAUUAUCUCAACUUUUGCGUUUUACUUCCACUGGAUCAAACUAAUCAAGCAAACAAAAAUUUGAAUAUUGUAUGAUUAGAUGAAAGGUCGUAAGUCAGUAAGGCUCUUAGUUUACAUGGCUGCUGCAGAAGGAACCCUGUAAUAAUAUCUGGCCAAAUAAACAAUUCUUGAUA